AUGGACCCUCCCCGCUCACGGUCCACGCGCCGCUCCUACCCCAACCUCAACCUGAACAACCUCUCGCUGGCCCCGCUAAGCAAGCAGUAUCCACUCGAUGCCUCCGCUCCGCCAUCCCCAGACGAGGACCGCAUCUACACCCCGCGCACCUCGUACAUUGCCCAAAAGAGCGCCCCCACCACCCCCGGCAUUCUCAGCCUGAGCCAGAGCCGCAGCAACUCCCGCAAUGGCCGGCGCAAGACAAAGGCAUACGCCUAUGAUGGCUACUUCAUGAACCCGGAUGUCCCUGUGCGGGAUGCUGGCGACGUGCCCAAGGCGAAGAGCACCACCGCACUCCUUCCAGGCGUGAGCUUCGUCGACCAGCCCAAAGGCCGCCAUCAUGCGCGCAAGGGUACCGCGCCCCUGCCUCUGCGUCCCCCCCAUGUCCGCCAUCAUACCAGCGAGUCGGCCAACGAAUGGUUCCACCGCGCCGGCAUGGUGAUAGCCGGGGAGACGAGAGACUCCAAGGGCCAGGGGUGGCUGGUGCGGCGGGAGAGCUCCACGAGCCUCGUCCACCAGAGCGACGACUAUGAGGAGCACCCCUCGCACGACGGCCGGCACAUGGCGCUACUCUCCGGCGAGCACCUGGCCGAUUUCGAGUACAGCACUUUCACGCCGCGCUAUUCGCGGGCUGGCAGCCGCGCUCAGAGCCGCGUCGUCAGUCGCGUCCCCAGCGCGCGCACAAGCCGAAGGGGUUCCCGGGUUGGCAGCCGUGCCGACCUGGUGAUGACCGCUAGCGGUAUGAGGACUCCCGGCGGGCGUCGUAGCCUUGAGCUCGAUGAUGAUAGCAUGUUUGAAGAAAGUCCCAUAGAGGCGGACUUCGUGGAGGCGGACGAGGAGAAUGAAGGCGACGAGGAAGAGAUUGCGAGGCUGGCGCGCGAGCGCGGGUUCGGCCUAGGCACGUGGGUGGACCGGCUGAUGGGGUGGACGCUGUUCAGCGUGGACGAAGACGGCGAGGAGUCAUCCUCGGAUGAUGAGGACGAGGAUGAGACGCCCAGACCGGAGAACAUGACGAAGGAGGAGCUGAAGCUGCGGCGCGAGGUCGACGCGAAGCGGCGGAAGCUUGAGCGCGAGGCCAUUAUUGCUGCGGCCGCGGUCCAGGCACCGAAUAGCAAGAAUAAUGCCGGUGAGGAGACUGAUGCUGCUGGGGAUAAGCUCCCUCCGGGUGAAGAAGGCGGGGGCUGGGCGGACGCAGCCUGGCUCGUCAGUGUUGCCGCGAAGGUCUUGUUGUAG